CGUGGGAAUGUAAGGAGGAAUGGCGCCGGUCGAGAGCCGAUCACUGAAUUGGACCAUACAGGAGCUACCCGCAUCUGGUUGAAUCUCCAAUGAUGAUGAUCCAACCUGCCCCCUGACAAGGACGAUGUAGAAAGUUUUAUCCGAUAUAUUUACCACGAACACAGCAAUCACUUGCACCGUAAUGCAACAUAUGAAAGUACAGGAUCAGCAGGUACAAAUGGAUCCGGAACUGAAAGUCACCUCCUCGCCCGCCAGAGUACAUCCCUCCUCCGCCUCCCAGCCCAUCGAGCCCAGCCCAGCGGCCCGACCCAGGGACGGCAGGAAGGGCGGCCACAGCACCCCCUCCACCCCGGCCUUCCUCUCAAACCUGGGAAAGGCCACACUCCGGGGAAUUCGCAAAUGCCCCCAAUGCGGCGUCUAUAACGGCACCCGUGGGCUCAGCUGCAAGAACAAGGCGUGCGGGGUUACCCUGAGGGAUGGAUCCACAGGUGAGAGGAGCGGACACAAGAAGAUAGUGCUGGAGGUGGUGAAGGUGGUCCUGGAUGCCGGAGAGCGGGACACAGUUUCGGGAGAGGAAACCGAGGAGGAGGCUGGAGGAGGGGUACAGGUGUUCUCUGUGUGUCAAAAGGGGCGGAGUUCGGCGCCUGUGCAGCUGGGCUUCGUUGAGCUGGUCCCCACCGACACCGCCAUAGCCACCAGCGAGGGUGCCACCCUACUCACCAGGAUCAACCUCGGCCGCUGCUUCCUGCCCUCCUGCCGGCAGCAAGCUCAGAGGUCAAACGCUAUCCCGUCGGGGCAGUUGAUGGGCGACGACGGGACUUCGGGGGGGCCGGAUUCCUCGGACAAUAACAACGUGUGCGUCCACGUCAAGCAGGCCAUGGAGUGCCAGAGCCUGGCCAGCCCCCUGUCCCUGAAGAGCACCGUGCUGGAGGGGCUGCCGGUGCCCGUUGAGGUGCGGGACGAGCUCUGGAGGCUGGCCACCGAGACCCCGGGGCCGCUGGUGCAGCGAGUGUCGGCCGACAGACUGGUGGUGAAGUGCCACUCGGACCCCAACCACCCGCUGGGCCUGCUGCACCUGACGAUCGGCUCCAGCACGGCGGGGAGGAGCAGAGACGGACAUGUGCCGCAGCAGGAGGAGGCUUUUCACUGUAGCUGUCAGGUCAGCGCCAGGAAAGGCAAGGGGGCAUCCUCUCAGGCCCAGCUGGGCUCGGCAGGGGGUCCGGAGCCCUGUCUCCACUUCUACGCCUGUGUGUGCGCCCUCGCCAGUGACGAACAGCUGGCCUCCGAUUAUCAUGCGUUCAUCAAUUACACCCCAAAAGUUUUAGGUGAGUCAAGGAGAUUGACCAGCAGAAGUCAUUGUGCGGCAGGGAAACUGUCACUGCAACAACACGAGCCAAUCAGCUCUCUCCAUAAACGGAAGAGACUCCGCCCGGAUGACCCUCUCGCCCUCUCGGCGGUCCCUCCUGCGGGGGCUGGGAGUGCGGGGCCCGCCCCCGUCUCCCAGAGGAAACCUGUUCAGAGGAAAAUACAGUGCGCCAGUGGCCACAAAAGCACAGGCAGUUCCCAGGUGGUGGAUGAGAACACCGUUGCAAUGGGCUUCCAUCAGUGGCUGGCCGGCGUGACUGAGAGGAUCCACCAGACCAUGCACUACCAGUCUGAUGGGAGGCCGGAGCCCCUGGUCUACCACAUCCCCCAGGAGUUCUUCCAGGCCCUGCAGCACCGCCUCUCCUUGGGCUCCAAGAAGAGGAGGCUGCCCAACGCAACCACAGCCGUUGUGAGGACUGAGCUGCCCCUGGGCUCCUACUCCAAGUACUCGUGGCACAUCACCAGCCUCCUGCAGGUCAAACAGAUCUUCGACACCCCAGAGCUGCCUCUGGAGCUGACCCAGAGCUUUGUGAGGAACAUCGACGGCUCCUACUCUCCGUUCCGAUGCCCCGACCCGCCCUGUGAAUCGGAGGCGGUUGCCAUGGGUUACCGGACGGACAAACCCCAGGUCAUACGGCCGCUGGAACUGCGCACCUUCCUCAAAGUUGGAACCUGGGCGGAGGACCCGAAGGAGGCCACGCCGUUCCUCAUCGAGUGGACCCCCGACCUCCUGCCGCUGGCCCGCCUGGGGGAGCUGAGGAUCGGCUUUGAGUUCGGUCACCAGCAGAGCGGCCAAUCAGAACACGGGAUGUGUGAGGGGGCGGGGACUGCAAGGGCGGUCGGGACCGCUCGUAACAAGCUGUCGGCGGAACACGCUGGUGCACACACUCUGGAGAUCCUGCAGGUCGUUGCGUAGAACCGAGGGAACAUCAAAGUAGACUGUGUUCCUCCUCAGAUACAGUGGUUGUUGUCAUGUGGUGAAGAUCUAUAAUCAAUUGUGUGGUGUAACUUGUGACUGUGAUUGUCCAAUCAUUGACUUGAUUUGAUUUAGUCAAAUCAUGAAUUGACUCAUGGAUAAACAACAGCUUUUUUUAUUGCAUCGUCCAAAUGUCUUUACAUGAGCAUUUUGAAACGUUUCUGUUUUCCUUAAGUAACAACUUUCAGAGGUGAAUUGAUCCGUACCUUUUCACAGCUAUCGAGCCAAAUAUUUACGGUCUGAAGUCCACCACCAGAUGGCGCCAUAACCUCAAACUUGGUUUAAAACGUGCUGUGGAGAACAGUAAAGCAAUGUCGUAGAAUAUGAAUCUACAAUAUAAUCUAAAAUAGGCUGUAAGAAAAUAUAUAUCCAGAUAAUGUUAAGAUAAUACAUUAUGUACACCAAUGCUUUGUGGAGGUCCUGGUUUUCAUAGAACUCAUUUUAUUCCUGUGGUUUAAAAUCGGAGUUUAAUCAAAACUUAACACACACCACAACAACAUUGUAAGUGCACCAAACAAUGAAAAAAAUAAGUUAUACCUAAUGCCGUUGAAUUAAAGCAGUUUUUUGAGUUUCUUUCUCACUGUAACCAAGCCACCAUUCCAACAUUGUAGUUCUCAAGUUUCAAAUUUGUUGAGAAGGAGGGAGAAAGAGAGAGACAGGGAUUUUUAACAAACAAGGAUAUUUGUAAUAGUCGUGUGUUAAGCACAGGUCACCAAAGCGUCCCGUCUCCCCUAAUAACAGAAGGAGUCUUGGCUGGAGGCUACCUCCUUGUCCUUCUUUGCUCAGUAGUAAAGGUCACACACAGGUCCUCUCCUGUCCCAUGUUACAGCAGAACCUCAAGGCAAGUUGACUUCUCUCACCAGUGUUCCUCUGAGGUGGGACAGCCCACAUGAGCUGUAUACCAGUCUGGUUGUAAAACUGCUGGGAUUGGAGGAGCAAAGAAGGAGUUAAUAAUUAUGUAUAAUUAUGUUCAUUUUAGAAUUAAAUUCUUAGUCAAAUGUGAUUAUUUUCAGUUUAAAAGACGCAUUUAUCAAAAAAGAUUGACCUUUAAUUCAGACAGGUGACAGUCCAGUAACCAUGGGUCAGACCUUUUGCUCAAGGGUAUAAGCCUUUGUCUAUCGGAUUGAACCCAACAGCCUUGUUGGCAGUCCAACGCCCUCUCCACUUUACUGUCUUACCCUGAAGAUGAAGUAAAACGGGGAAAAUACAUUUGGCUCCGCCACAGUUUGUAUGCGGAGGCCCUGAAGGACUCUGGUAACGGGCCCCCGAAUGCGGGGCCACAGUUCAUCUAAGGGCCUCUUGGCUCCUGCCAAACCAAGGGAUAUUAGAGGACAUUUAAAUCAUCACUGUA